ACAUAGAAAGUAUCUUCCUCAACAAGAAUAUCAUAGUCAUUAUCCACAUUUAUGCAAUCAUAGAAGCUUAGCUAGCUCUAUCUCUAUCCAAAGAAUGAAAAGGAAGAUAAUGGAUCAGAGUAAAGGGUCAGAGAUUAGAUCUGCCAUUGAAGAACUCUCGGUCAUGGUUAAAGUUAUAGGUGUAAUAACACUCCAAGCGGAAAAUGGUGAUCACGAUGCUCAUGAUGCUGCGUUUAUCAAUCAUGAGGCUGCUCAUAUUCCCACCGGGCCCUUUCUUUCUCUUUGCUACUCGCUUCUUCGAGUUCUCGAUAAAAUAGGACCAACGAUGGCUGUUUUAAGACAAGAUGUUCAUCAGAAUAUUCGGAGAUUGGAAACGAGGAACGAAUCUGAUCCUUCAGCAUAUUCAAAUAUGGUUGAGAUAUUGAAAACAGAAGCCACGGACGGCACUGCAAGAAAUCUUACAAGUUGUAGUAGAGCCUUCGUUUGGCUCACCAGAUCCUUGGAUUUUACGGCAGAGCUAUUGCAAAAUUUAGCAGGAAACCCAGGGCAGAACAUGAAGCAGGCAGUGGAAGAAUCUUACAACCUCACUUUAAAGCCAUGGCAUAGAUGGAUUUCAUCAGCUGCUUCUAAAGUAGCUCUAAUGUUAGUGCCUGACAAUGAGACCUUCAUUAGUAGUCUCAUGGCCAAAGAUGAAAGCUAUGACAACUUGAAAGUUGAAAUGGAAACCUUGGUUUCAUUACUUCUGCCUUAUCUUGAGCAGAUCCACUCCAUCCUGAGGUUUUAUCACUUGGACAAGUUAAAGGCUAACUGAGGUGACAUACAUACAUAAAGUAAUAUAGAGAUAUGAGAGUCACAAACGAAGUCCCAUAAUCCUAUAUAUACAUAUCAAUAUGUACAAAGUGUAUUUGGUUUGUUAUGGUACGUAAGAGAAAAAUGUGUGAUCCAGUUAUGCUAGCUUCAAUGUAUCGGAAAGAGCCCCUGCCAAUGAUCUCAUCCUAUGUAUAAUUAAAGGAAAUGACAUAUAUAUCAUGUAAUUUUGUCUGUAUCUCAA